AGGAGCCUGACAUGAUGUUUCCCCAAAGCAGGCACUCGGGUUCCUCUCAUCUGCCUCAGCAGUUGAAAUUCACAACGUCAGAUUCCUGCGACCGGAUUAAAGACGAAUUCCAGCUGCUUCAGGCCCAAUACCACAGCCUGAAGUUGGAAUGCGAUAAGCUCGCAAGUGAAAAAUCGGAGAUGCAGCGUCACUACGUCAUGUAUUACGAGAUGUCCUACGGGCUCAAUAUUGAAAUGCACAAACAGGCUGAAAUCGUCAAGCGGUUAAACGGCAUUUGUGCUCAGGUGUUGCCAUACCUUUCGCAAGAGCACCAACAGCAGGUUCUUGGAGCUAUCGAGCGAGCGAAGCAGGUGACGGCACCGGAGCUGAACUCCAUCAUCCGGCAGCAGCUCCAGGCUCACCAGCUGUCCCAGCUCCAAGCUCUCGCCCUGCCCUUGACCCCGCUGCCGGUGGGGCUGCAGCCCCCCUCCCUCCCCGCGGUCAGCGCCAGCACCGGCCUCCUCUCUCUGUCCGCCCUGGGCUCGCAAGCUCACCUCUCCAAGGAGGACAAGAACGGCCACGACGGGGACGCCCACCAGGAUGACGACGGGGAGAAAUCAGAUUAGGCGGAC